AUGCCUUGCAGUCAGGGCAGCGGACCAGGUGGGGGGGCCGAGGGCAGAGGGGGCUGGGGACCGGGGGCCGAGGGCAGAGGGUGUGGGCAGAGGGGGGCGGCGGCAGAGGGCAGAGGGGGGCGGCGGCAGAGGGCAGAGGGGGGCGGCGGCGGCAGAGGGCAGAGGGGGGCGGCGGCGGCAGAGGGCAGAGGGGGGCGGCGGCGGCAGAGGGCAGAGGGGGGCGGCGGCGGCAGAGGGCAGAGGGGGGCGGCGGCGGCAGAGGGCAGAGGGGGGGGGCGGCGGCAGAGGGCAGAGGGGGGCGGCGGCAGAGGGCAGAGGGGGGCGGCGGCAGAGGGCAGAGGGGGGCGGCGGCAGAGGGCAGAGGGGGGCGGCGGCAGAGGGCAGAGGGGGGCGGCGGCAGAGGGCAGAGGGGGGCGGCGGCAGAGGGCAGAGGGGGGCGGCGGCAGAGGGCAGAGGGGGGCGGCGGCAGAGGGGGGGCGGCGGCAGAGGGGGGCGGCGGCAGAGGGGGGCGGCGGCAGAGGGGGGCGGCGGCAGAGGGGGGCGGCGGCAGAGGGGGGCGGCGGCAGAGGGGGCGGCGGCAGAGGGGGCGGCGGCAGAGGGGGCGGCGGCAGAGGGGGGCGGCGGCAGAGGGGGGCGGCGGCAGAGGGGGGCGGCGGCAGAGGGGGGGUGCAAUACAAUUUUGAGAUGCCCAGGAAACUUCAAGACAGCUGGCUCUGUACUGAAGAAGAAAUUACCUCAACAGAGGCCAAACACCUGAAAGCACUGUCCAAGUUCAUUGUCUGCAAUAUAGAGCCCUAA